AUGUACAUACACAGAAAUACACACACAGACACAUGUUCAUGCAUACACAGACACAUGCGCAUACAUACACACGCUCAUGUACAUACAUACACACACACACACACACACAUACAUGAACAUGCAUACACAGACACAUGUACAGAUACACACAUGUACAUACACACAGACACAUGUACAUGCAUACACACGCACACAUGCACACACGUAAACACACACACACCCCCCUAUAAAAAGUUGCAGUACUUCGUUGUUCACUCACAGAGCCGGGUACUGCACUCUAGGGGGAGGCAGAGAGCACAGCACACACUCCUUCCUUUGCUUUCACUGCGCUCAGCUAUUGAGCAGUCUGAUGGCUCCCAGUGCCAAUGACAGUUCCGGCCUGAGCUUCAAGCCUGCUCAGCAAGACGGCCCUGGGACACACACUUGCCCCCACCAUAAUUUCCACUCGCCACUGGCGAGCAGGCGAGUGGAAAUUUCAAGGCCUGAUGUACAGUAUAAUAU